CCAGGCGCUGCGGUUGGCCACGAGCCCGCGCAGCUUCCUGCCACGCUGCCGCACAGGCACCCGGGGCACGGCGGCCAGCGGCAGCAGCAGGGCAGGCCGUGGCACAGGAUGGUGCUGGCGCUGUGGGUCUGCCUGGCGCUGGGCACCGCUGGCGGGGAGAGCCCAGCCCCGGAGCCUUUGGCAGGUGGCCAGCCUUUCGCCGUGGUGUGGAACGUGCCCGCCGGCCGCUGCCAGCGCCGCUUUGGCGUGGGGCUGCCCCUCGGCGACUACGGCAUCGUGGAGAACCGGGACGGCCGCUUCACCGGCCAGAACGUCACCAUCUUCUACAAGAACAAGUUCGGGCUGUACCCCUACCUGUCACAGCACGGCGUGCCCCGCAACGGUGGCAUCCCCCAGCGGGUGCCCCUCGGCGCCCACCUCGCCAGGGCGGCCCAGGACAUCCGGCACCUCCUGCGCCCCGCUUUCCGCGGGCUGGCCGUGCUGGACUGGGAGGAGUGGAGGCCCCUCUGGGCCCGAAACUGGGGGGCCAAGCGGGUGUACCGAGCGGCCUCGGAGCAGUGGGUGCGGGCCCGGCACGGGCUGCUGCCGGCGCGGCGGCGGCUCCGCCUGGCGCAGCGGGAGUUUGAGCGGGCAGCGCAGGCUCUGAUGGAGGAGACGCUGCUGCUGGGCCGCGGCCUGCGCCCCGCGGGGCUCUGGGGCUUCUACCGCUUCCCCGACUGCUUCAACAGCAACUGGGCCAAAGAGGCCAACUACACCGGGCAGUGCCGGCCGGCGGAGGUGCGGCGCAAUGACCGCCUGGGCUGGCUCUGGGCCUCCUCGGCCGCUCUGUACCCCAGCAUCUACCUGCCCCCGGCGCUGCCGCCGGCCCUGCGCCGCCGCUACGUGCACCACCGGCUGCGGGAGGCUCUGCGCGUGGCCGCCUUCGGGGCCCGCAGCCUCCUGCCCGUGGUCGCCUACUCCCGCCUGUCCUUCCGCCGCUCACCCCGCUUCCUGGAGCCGGUAAGUGCCGUGGGGACGGGGCUUGGGAUGGGGCUGGGGCCGGGGCCCCCCAGCCCAGUCACGUCUCUGUCUCGACAGGCUGACCUAGUGCACACCAUCGGGGAGAGCGCGGCACUGGGGGCGGCAGGGCUGGUGCUCUGGGGAGAUAUGUCGUACUCCCGCUCAGCUGUGAGUGCGGCUCCUGGGCACGUGGGCAUGGUGCGGAUGGGGCAGCCACAGCGCCUGUGCCCGCUGGGGAGGGAUAGCCAGGGGGGGCCUCGGUGCCAGGGCAGGUUCUCACCGGUGCUCUCCUCCCAGGAGAGCUGUGCCAGCCUACGCCACUACCUCGUGACCACCCUGGGUCCCUACGUGGCCAACGUGACGGCAGCAGCCCGGGAGUGCAGCUACGGGCAGUGCCACGGGCACGGGCGCUGUGUGCGGCGCCAGCCCCAUGACCUGGGUAGCCUCCUGCACCUUGGCCCCGGCACUGGCCCAAAGGCCUCUUUCCGCUGCCACUGCUACCGCGGCUGGGCCGGCGAGGACUGUGCCCGGCGGGUCCAGCCCAGCCCUGCCACCUCCUGCCUGGCACCCACCCACAGCCUCUAUGGACAAAACGACCUCCCACCCUCCGACACCUGCCUGCCACAGGGCACGUGGGGCUGGUGACCAGGGCUGGUGGGCAGCACGGUCCCCUGCCCCAGCAGUGCUGCUGCCUGGCACUUCCCGAGAGCUCGUUAACUUAAAUAAAUCCUGGCACAGA